GGGGCGGAGAUCCGGGCGGAGGAGCGGACCCCGACAGGGCGGACCCCGGCGGGGCGGCCCAGGGCGUGGGCGUGGGUGCGGGUGCCCAGGGAAGGCGGAAGGACUCGGCGCCCGGGGAGGCCCAGCGCUGAGCCGUUCCCCCUCCCUCGCGCCGCGGCCGCCUCCGCCGAGCCCCCAAGCCCGGAGCCGGAGCCCCCAGCCCCGCCGGCGCCAUGGAGAAGCUGCUGCUGUUGUUCUGCAACUGGAGCACGCUGGGCGUGUGCGCCGCGCUCAAGCUGCCGCAGAUCUCCGCGGUGCUGGCGGCGCGCAGCGCGCGGGGCAUCAGCCUCCCGAGUUUACUUCUGGAGCUGGCGGGUUUCCUGGUGUUUCUCCGGUACCAGUGUUACUAUGAGUACCCGCUGCUGACCUACCUGGAGUAUCCCAUUCUCAUCGCACAAGACGUCCUCCUCCUGCUGUGUGCCUUCCAUUUCAACGGGAACGUGAAAGGAGCAGCCCCGUACAUGGCCGUAUUUGUGGCCUCGUGGUUCGUCCUUCCCCUGCAGAAGUGGAUCAUAGAUCUGGCCAUGAAUCUAAGUACUUUCAUCAGCGUGGCCAGCAAGUUUGCUCAGCUCCAGUACCUGUGGAAGACCCGGGACUCAGGCACCGUGAGCGCCCUCACCUGGAGCCUCGCUGCAUACACCUGUGCAACAAGAAUAAUAACAACCAUAAUGACCACCGGCGAUCUUACGAUUCUUACACGUUUCGUGAUCAUGCUUGCUUUAAACGUGUGGGUAACCACCACGGUCCUUCGCUACAGGAAGACGGCGGUAAAGGCUGAAUAACAGAUGCGCUGCCCCUCCACACGAAGUGGAUUCCUAAUAACUGAACCAAAGCUCACUGCUGAAUCAAGGUCUCUUAUAAGUUUAGUCAAUUGCUUCAGAAACGCUGAAAUGAAGCCAGAUGUAUUUUGGACAGGAGCCACUUAAACACUUGUUGAGAAAUGUUGAUUUCCUUCCCACUCCUCCCCUUCGUGAGGCGGAGGCAGGUCUCAGACACCUGCAAGUCGAGCAGUCAAGACAAUGCUCUUCAGCUUUCAGGAUCUUCUAAGAAAUAAACCCUCUCUAGAGCACAAAUGAUUAUGAACAGAGUGGGAUUUUACUCAGAAGUGAAAUUGUAGUAAAUUACCAGGGUCACUUUCUGGGGCGUUUUUUUUUAAUAUAGAUGUAACAGGAUGGCCUUGCUGUAUCAUAAUACACGAUAAUGCCUCCUUAGGCUAUAGUAAGGAUAUCGAGGCAAGCAAAAACGUAAUUGGCUCGAGUUUAUAUACCCAAGUAGUGCUGUAACUUCAUAUAGUGCCUUUAGUUCCUAAGGAAAGGUCGACUGGCUGCAGUCUCUACAGCAGUAGGAUGAGGCAGUCCCGAUGAACUUUCUGAUUCAAGCACCAUGCUGCCAUCUUUAAGAGUCACACCUUUGACAAACAAAAAUGUCCACUGAAAAUAGAUGCAGUCAAAGGUAUUGCUGGGGUGCUGUCAACUUCUUACGGAUUUUAUUCUUGUUAUAUUCUAAACGUGAUGUUAGGAUUAUUGGACACUGCAUUUUACCGUAAAAGUUUAUAGACGCUAGAAUUUAAAAGCUCUUUCCCUUUAUAAUUGAAUGGCAUUGUUAUAUGUAAUAAGUAAAUGAUGUUUAUUAGAAAAUGUUUUAGUGUCCUAUGUAAGAUAAAUAAAUCAUUCUGUAGUUUUUAAAA